AGCUCGGUGUCGAUGAAAUGACGUAAAUACAACUAAUACAUUUAUUUUCUUUUUUUGUUUGUUUUUUUGUGUUGUGGUUACAUUUAUGUAUUUGCGUGACUGUCGAAUCUAUUGUGACCUGCCUGCUGAGGUAGGCUAGCUUCACACAGCAGCAACUGCAGGAGCUUCGCUGGGCAGUGAACACAUGUCCGUGAACCGAAUUACAUAACAGUGGCGCCGAGAGAGGAGGCAUAAUCAACAUGUCUCGUCAUAGAAAUGUUCGAGGUUACAACUACGAUGAAGACUUUGAAGAUGAUGACAUGUAUGGACAGUCUGUGGAGGAUGACUACUGUUGCAUUUCACCAGCAACAGCAAAUCAGUUCAUCUACUCGCGUCAAGAAAGACAUGCACCAAGGGAAGAGCCUUUAGAGGAGGAAGAAUUUGAAGAUGAGGCUGUCCCUGUGUCCCCUACUGUCAACCACAACCUCAGCCCUCUUGAUCAAGCCAAGCUGUAUUCCUGUCUGGACCACAUGCGGACUGUGCUGGGAGAUGCAGUGCCGGACUCAGUCCUGACCCAGGCAGCCAUAAAAUGUGGAUUUGACCCACAGAGGGCACUGGACGCAGUACUGUCUGAAGACACUAAAACCGCUCCAGUUACCAGAAGUACAGCUGAAGAGAUUGGUACAGUAGAGCGAGCUAACCAGGACAAAGCGCCACAACCACAAAGAACCAAACAAGAGGCUGUGGCUGACAAAGCUAAAAGCAGAGAUGCUUCUCACAAUAAACUGGACUCUGAAGUUUUACCCAAAGUGGCCCGCAUGACCGUCUCUGGAAAGAAGCAGACUAUGGGUUUUGAUGUUCGAAGCACAGGGGAGAACGGUGUUGUCGUCACAGCUACAGAAGCUGCCUCCAAACGCCCCGAGACUCCAUCUAAAGGGUCCAACGGGGACGAGCCCGUCACCGGUCCCACCCCGAGCCGUUCAUCUGGGAAGGCACGGCAGGCCAUCAAUAUCAAAGCUGAGCUGGAGAAGCGACAAGGGGGAAAGCCUCUGUUAAAUUUGGUAGUUAUAGGUCACGUGGAUGCGGGUAAGAGCACACUGAUGGGCCACCUGCUAUAUCUGCUCGGCAAUGUCAACAAACGCACCAUGCAUAAGUACGAGCAGGAGUCGAAAAAGGCAGGAAAAGCCUCCUUCGCCUAUGCUUGGGUUCUGGAUGAAACGGGCGAGGAGAGAGACAGAGGUGUUACAAUGGAUGUGGGCAUGACAAAGUUUGAGACAAACUCUAAAGUGGUGACACUGAUGGAUGCACCAGGACACAAAGACUUCAUCCCCAACAUGAUCACGGGAGCUGCACAGGCUGAUGUGGCGGUGCUCGUGGUGGAUGCCAGCAGAGGAGAGUUUGAGGCAGGCUUCGAGGCAGGUGGUCAGACCAGAGAGCAUGCCUUGCUGGUGCGUUCGCUGGGUGUCACUCAGCUGGCUGUAGCUGUCAACAAGAUGGACCAGGUAAACUGGCAACAGGAGCGUUUCCAAGAAAUCAUCUCGAAACUUGGCCAUUUUCUCAAGCAGGCAGGAUUCAAGGAGUCCGAUGUUUUCUACAUCCCCACCAGCGGCCUGUCAGGAGAAAACCUUGCCACCAGGAGCUCAGUGUCACAGCUCACCUCUUGGUACUCUGGGCUGAGCCUGCUGGAGCAGAUUGAUGCUUUCAAGGCCCCUCAGAGGUCUGUAGACAAACCUUUCAGAUUGUGUGUCUCCGAUGUCUUUAAAGACCAGGGUUCAGGCUUCUGUGUUACAGGAAAGAUCGAGGCUGGUCAUAUUCAAACUGGAGACAGAAUACUGGCAAUGCCUCCAAAUGAAACCUGCACUGUCAAAGGAAUUACUCUACACGAUGAGGCUCUGGACUGGGCUGCAGCAGGAGACCACGUCAGCCUGACACUCACUGGCAUGGACAUCAUUAAGAUCAAUAUGGGCUGUGUGUUCUGUGAUCCCAAAGAACCUAUUCGAGUUUGCACUCGAUUCAGAGCUCGAGUCCUCAUUUUCAAUAUCGAGAUCCCCAUCACACAAGGCUUCCCAGUACUGUUGCACUACCAGACAGUCAGCGAACCGGCCACCAUAAGGAAGUUAAUUAGUGUUCUACACAAGAGCAGCGGCGAGGUCCUGAAGAAGAAACCAAAGUGUUUGAGUAAGGGUAUGAAUGCCAUCGUGGAGAUCCAGACCCAGAGGCCCGUGUCAUUAGAGCUGUACAAAGACUAUAAGGAGCUGGGCCGCUUCAUGCUGCGAUAUGUUGGCUCCACCAUCGCCGCGGGGGUUGUCACUGAGAUCAAAGAAUGAAGACCAUUUCCGUCGACACAGAGCCGACUAGCCGGACCUUGCUCUGGAGACUGCAUGCAGCCAGAGACAAAGUGCAAUUCAAAGAGAUCAAAGAAACGCCGCUCAUGGAGUCGGAGCGUCUUAUUCAUCCAUCCAUUUAUCCAAUCAGUGUAGCAGCUGCUCCACCCGUCUGCCCUCAACAUCAGUAACUGCACAGAUAUCAAGUGUGUGGCAAGACGUCACAAAAUAAACUCCCAAUGCAUCCGCCAGCUCUCACAUCUCAACUCAGUGUUGCUGAGCAUCCUCAUCAGUCAUACAGGCGCACUACCCAGCUCCUGCUCACUCCACCUUUAUCUGUCAGUAAAGCCUGUUGCUCUUAAAUUGAUUCCACUUGAUUAAACCAAUGUUUUCUUUAGACUCUGAAAGACUGGUACUACCCUGCUGAGCAUCUCACAGUGAUGAGUUUAACUAUGUUCUUUUUGAAGGAGCUGUAAUAACACUGGCUUUUAUUUAAGGAGUGAAAGAACAAGUCCAUGUUUUUCCCCUCUCUGCUUCUAUGCAUGAGGGGUCAGCACUGGGUUUACACUGCCCUGUUUUCCUUGAUGAGGCUUUUCUAAUCAAAACUAAAAUUUAAAAGCAUGAAAAAACUAAUGUUACAUUAUGUGGGACUCUAAAGGGCAAAAUAGUAUCUUUUUUCUUUUAAACUAGAACUCUUUUUUUAAUUUUAAGUUCAAUAACUGAAGGGAUGAAGUUUAAUGCAUUCAAAUGUUUACUCUAACCAGGGUAGAGUAGUUUAAGAACAAAAAAGUGAAAACCAUGAUUUCCAAUUGGAGAAGGCAUUUCUCAUUUAUGGUGAAACGAUAAUAGAAUUAUAACGGAUUUUCUUCUGCAAAUCAGCAGGAAGAUGUUGUUUGAAGACCUGAUCUGAUUUCCCUCUUUAUUUCUUUUUCUUUUUUUAAACAAAGGCUCAUCUGAGUGCAGUUUGGAGUUCAAAGAGUUGUAUCAUUUCUGUGCAAAAAAAAAAAGAAGAAAAAAUGCUAAAUGAACAUCA